AUGGCCACGAGCACGCGAGCGACACGGUCGCGAUUCUCGAGCCCGCUUCAGCUGCCUACGGCCAACACCAACGCGGGUCCUGGCCCGAGCCCUCUGGAGACGUCGAGGAGCUCGGUCAACGACGCGACGACCAAGACGUUCCUGCAGAAGUGGCUGGAACCUUCCGUGCAGAGUAAACCGAGCUAUGAGGACCACGGACUCGUGCGGUACGGCGUCACCGAGGGCAUGGUGCCGCUUGGCGAGAUGCCCAAGUCGAUCCCCGUCGCGAAGAAGAAGGAAGGCCAGCCGGUGCGCAGGAUCAUUCUGAAGAAGAGCACGGCGCACCUCCAGGCAGCGCAGGCGACCGCGCGAGCCUCGGCCACAGCUGCCGCAUCCACGCCCACGCCGCCGGCGACCAAGACGGAAUUCGAUCGAAGAUCUUCUUACAGCACGGUUGCUGAAGGGGUGGAAACGACGGCUGUCGACAGCGACGGCGCUGGUGCUGAUGCGGCCGCGUCGGUCGUGCUGGGAACCAAGCCAGAGUCUGGCUCUGGCUCCGCACCAGACAGUGUGACGCCCGCCUCCCCCUCUCCGCAACCUCUCGCCCAGGAAGCAUCAGCACCUGCAGCCGCGGAAAAGCCCAUGCGGCGAGCACUGCCUACCAACGAGUCGGACGACGAGCACGAUCAGAAGAGCACCGGCACCAAGACGACGACGACGCUGCGCAAUCCCCUGUCGAGGCGGAGCCUCAACAGAGUCUCUACGGGUCGACGCGCUUCCACUUCGCACCAACCCGCCGCCGUCUCUACUUCGACGCCUGUUCCUGCCUCAGCCUCAGCCUCCACUCCCACUCCCACGCCUACCGCUGCUUCCGCCCCUGCGACAGAUCUCACGACGGCCGCUCCCGAACAGACCGUGCCUGCCAGGGAGCGCAUCGAAAGGGUCAUUGAGCAAGCGAUUCACGAGGCACUCGAUCACUGCCGCUAUCCCACGGCAUGGGCUCUGCGUACGCUUUACGACGAAAAGUCCUCCGACGCGCAUUUUCUCACUCUGGUCGAGUCCAUCUUUUCUCAGACUGCCGACUCGUCGGUCGUUGACGAGUUUGCGAAGCUCAUCGAGGCGAAGAAGAGGGAAGGUAACAAGGAAAAUCGAGCCCGCGAUCACUUUGGCCCACCGUCGCCAAAUCCCAACGGCAUGAGCGGACAAAAAAGGAAGCGUGCACCGUACGCCAAACUCAUCACGCUCGAUCUCACCAAGGCAAGACGUCCGAGUUCACCUGAACCCACACCUGCGCCUGCGGUGCCGCCUCCAGUCGUCGAGGCGCCCGCGCCCGUGCCAGCAACGCCCAUUGGUGUGACGCCGUCAAAGAGGAAGCACAAAUCGCGAAAGCAGCACACAGCAUCGCCGUUCAUGGCGAAACCCUCGACCAUCGGCGAUGGCGGCGCCCUCGUCACGCCGUCUCGGAGGCGUGCUCGUCGGGACUCCGCAGGCAGCGACUCGUCUGCUCUGUCGGAGCUUUCGGGCUCGCCUUCUCUGCCGUCGCCUACGCCUGCAGCUAUCCGUGAUCGCAACGUCGAAGGGGCUGCCGCCCCCGCGACGAGCGCCAAGAUCAUCUUCAACGAACUGCGGCCCAGUCGACAACGCAACGCAAAAACCACAAAGAUGAUCGUCGACGCACCCGACCCCUCGGCCUUGUCAUCCUCGGGCAGCCCUGCGCCUGCUGAUCCUGCCAUAUCGGACAUUCCCUCGUCGCCCCAAUUUGCUGACGCAGUUCCCGCUCGUAGGCCGGUCGGCAGGCCAGCUAAGGGCUCCAAGACGACACGAGCGGCGAAGGCAAAUGCCAAGGCGUCUGCGCAGGGAAAGAGCAACAACGAGGUCAGCGCUGUGGACGAAGCCAACACGGCCAGGCGGAGAACGGCGCGGCUUCAGAGCAACUUUGCCGACGUCGAUGCCCCCGAGGAGAGCUCAAUCCGCGGCGAGACGCAGAACAGCGCCAGCGCCAGCGCGAAUGCGACCAGCGCCAUCGAUCCGCCCUUCUGGGACGAGCUCGAGGCCCCCGUGUCCACGCCAAUCGCGGGUUUGCCGACACGCAAGACGCGACAGUCGGUGGCAGGGAACGCCAGCGUACCAGGAACGCAGGCCAACGGGCGAACCACGCGGUCCAACAAGAGGGGAUUUGAUGAGCUCGAAGCCUCCUCGCCGACAGCUCGUUCGUUCCCACCCGAUGUAGCCUCGAAUGUGAACUCGUCCAGAGCUGGCACGCCCGUCAGCACGCGGGCUGUCAAAAAGCAACGCACCGGCACCGGGCUGCGUGUCAAGUCAUCGCCCAAGAAGAAGACCAUCGGCACUGCAGCAGGCGUACCUCGCCAGAGCGGAGAGGGACAUCCUUUCUCAUCUAGCGGGGCUCACUUCAAUUCGGAUGACAACGACGAUUAUUGCUCGGCGUGCGGCGGCGUAGGUGAACUCGUCUGCUGUGAGCACUGCUCCCGGUCCUUCCAUUUCGAGUGCGUCGAUCUGCUCGUCGACGAGCCUCUCCCUGAUGAAUGGUUUUGUCAACGGUGCAUCGGAACGAGGUUUCCGACCCGAUCAUCUGACAAGAGGCCGGGCCAUUUCGGUGCCCUCCUGGCGGUGCUUGACAAGACCAAUCCAGGGGCGUUUGAGCUGCCGCAGCACAUCCAGACCUACUUUGAAAAUGUGCGAGCUGGUCCUCAGGGGGACUACGAGGAAGAAAACGCCGUGGUGCCCAAGGUUCCCAAGAAACGAGGUGGUUACGAGGAGGCGCCGGACUUCCACAAAGUCCGCGAUGCAGAUGGGUCGCCAGUCUUGUGCCACAACUGCCAGCAAGCGACGGCCAGCGACCGUUCCAUCAUUCCGUGCAGCAUUUGUGGUCUGCACUGGCAUCUGGACUGUCUCGACCCGCCGCUCGCCAUCCCGCCGGUUCUGCGCACCUGGGUCUGCCCGGCUCACAAUGAUGACUUGCUGGCGAAGCUUCCCGGCAGCCUCGCCCCCGCCCACAAGUAUCGCAAGAUUCGCGAUGCCACGGUUAUCACCCCGCUGUACAGUCGUGGCAUGAAGAACAAUGGCUUCAUCGAGGUCAUCAACGACGAGUCUGACAAUGACAGCGGAUGGAACGACGUUACCUCGUUUGGCCGUACCUACCGCUUGCCCGAGAAGGGCAUCGUCUUGGAUUUUGUCUCACAGAAACCCGUUGCUCCAGCAGCCCCCGACGACGAACAACUGGAGGCUGCGCCAGAGUCGCGCCCCAUGAUCGGCCAGGUGUCGAUCACGGAACACCAGGCAGCGCUGAACCUGGCUCAGCUGCGCGAAUCCAACAGCGACGGUAUUUCUCAGCUCACCACAGCUCUUCUGGAUAACGCCGAUCCUGCUGUCCUGUCGCUCAUAGCGCGCGGCGACGCCACGAACCUCGCCAGCGGCAACCUGGGCCAGCGAGACCAGCAGAGCCUUCAGGCCAUGCUCGCGGAGUGCAAGGCCAUGGAAGCACGCAUCCAUGCUGCGUUGGCGGGCCAGAGCCCCACGGCCCGCGACGGCGAUGCUCUAUCCGCAAAGACUGAGUCGGCCGAGGUCGAUCUUCCUACACCUGCCACGACAGGCCCAGAUCACCUCGAGUCUGCCAACAGCAAAUCCGACCAGGGUGAGGCCGGCAUUAUGGAUGUCGAUUAA